AUGCCGUGACGGUUGGUGGUCGGCUGAGUCCAGCUGAGUCGUCGCGUGCCGGUGGUUGUGGCCCUGCGGUGGGUGCAAAGGGCGCAGGACAAAACAGAAACCAACUAGCCGGAUAUUCGUCAUCAGAUUUCUGUGGUGUGCUUCAUCUGGCAUACUUGAAUUGUAGUUUCCAUUUGGGGUUAAUCAAGAGACCAAAUUUAUGUUGACCUCUUUGUGAUGUUCAGUGUUGUAUCAAGUAUGAAAUGAGAACAAAUAUUUUUUGCAACCUCAUUACUCCCUGUAGACUGCUGUGUUUGCCUGACAAGACAAGCUUCAGGUAUCUGCUAAAGUGUGAAUUUACUCAGCAUCAGAACAAGCUUGGAAGCAUGUCUGGGCCCAGACGCGGAUCUGACGUGAUGCGCAGCUCCGGCAAACAAACCAACGGCCGCCAGGCCAACUUGCCCUUCAUCAUCGGCGUGGCGGGAGGCACGGCGUCGGGAAAGUCGACCGUCUGCAAGCGGAUCAUGGAGAAGCUGGGCCAGGAGGCCAUGGAGCAGGAGAACCGGCGAGUGGUGUGCAUCAGCCAGGACAGCUUCUACCGCGAUCUCUCUCUGGAGGAGUCGCAGAAGGCGCUGCGCGGCCAGGUCAACUUCGACCACCCCGACAUGUUCGACGACCGGAUGCUGCUGGAGACGCUGCGCGACAUCCGUGAUGGCAAACAGUGUCACCUGCCCGUCUACGACUACAAGACCAACUCGCGCCUGGCCGAGAUGCGGAAGAUCUACCCGGCCGACGUGGUGCUGUGCGAGGGCAUCCUGGUGUUCUACCAGCCGGAGGUGCGCGCCAUGUUCGACAUGAAGCUGUUCGUGGACACGGACGCCGACACGCGGCUGAGCCGACGCGUGCGGCGCGACACGAACGAGCGGGGCCGCGACCUGGACACCGUGCUCGACCAGUACACCAACCUGGUGAAGCCGGCAUUCGAGGAGUUCUGCCUGCCGACCAAGAAGUUUGCCGACGUCAUCAUCCCGCGCGGCGCCGACAACACGGUGGCCAUGAACCUGAUCGUGGAGAACAUUCGGGAGCGACUGCGGGAGGACGCCGGGCGGGACAGCAGCCGCGCCUCCGGGAGGGACGCCGGCCGCCGCCGCAACGUCUCCGAUAGUCAGCUGUUCACGCCCCACUAGAGGCCGGCCGGGCGCGGCGCCGCCAGCGGCCGAGGCCGAGGCGGACGUCGUGCCGCCCCGGGCGGGAGGGCACCUCUCCACCGUCUGGUCCCGCUGCACCGCACACCGUGACGCGCCACCGCAGCAGGCGCGGGCAGUACAAACGGCCCGGGCCGUCUCUAGUCUUCUUUUGCCGUGCUUUCACCGCCGUUGCUGGUCCAGCCCGCUGCGUGGCAGUGCCGCGGGCGUGGCUCCGGUGAGAGGAGGCCCGAUUACUCGCGGGAAAGCUGCUUGGUGCGACGACCGGCGCCCGCCGCGCACACUGUCCCCACCUGGCGGCCGCUUUGCACACUCGUGUGUUGUGCGCCACGUGCACGUCCCCGCCCCACGAACAACGAGCAAGUCGAUGCUGUCGGACUUGCGCCGUCCCUGCUUCAUGUUGAAUUGAAGGCGUAGCUAUGUUGGCGGCAGUUGACGGCACUGACGCUGGCCUAGAAGAUGCAGGGGGCAGCCAACCCUAACAGGAAUAACAGGAAUAGGGGGGGGGGGACCUAACAGGAAUAGUAGAGCGUCGACUGAUUUUCUAGUGCGUAGUCUUGCCCGCGCCAAAGAUGGUAUAUUGUAUGGAGCCGGAGCUAGCCAGUUUUCGGAACCUGUAUAAGAUCUACAAAGUCUUCAUUAGCGUCUUGACCUUGUUCAACGUGCUUAAAGAAGAAAGCCAAGUCGGCAUUAGAUGCAACUUUUUGAGGCUGGACACGGUGUCGUGGCGCACGGUUAGGCACGCCCAUGCUGUGGUGUUGUCAAUAGUACGCGCAGCGGAGGUGUGCGUUCUGCCGCAAACUGCUCUCAUUCACAGUAUUGGGUUUCAUUUGCGGCAUUCGGUAUUCAUUUGCCGGCCACAAAUGUCAUCUGGCGUGUGCGCGGUGCUUGUAGAAUGGAGGUGGACGCUUUGCCGGCCGGCGCGUGUCAGACGCUCGAUCUUCUGUGAGAUACGCCAAAGCAGCUUCCGAUCAAGCCUAUCGUUAAUCUAGUCGAUCUGGUCCCGCUGUUGCAUGGAACAAUUUUUAACGUAAGGAAGCCUCGCCAUUUUAUUAGCUAUUUAGCGUGUCGUAAUAAGUGUACCAAAGCCUUCUCACUUUUGCAUAGUAACAACCGCUAGCAGUGGCUGUGGACCCAGAGAGGGCGACGGUGGUCGAUGGAAGAUGAGUUGGGUGAUAAGAACUGUGCAUUGAUUCGAAGUAUGGAGCUUUGACGAGCUGUGGUUUGCUGCAUCGUCGUUUUUAAUGACGGUGUGAGCCGCAGACCAGCGUGGCGCCAGUUUUUUGCGUGCGACCUGGAGGGAGCCUGGCGCCGCCCGGUGGGGGAGCGCAGCUGGGGAACGACCGGGUCAGGUCGUCUUGCUCGCGCUGCGGCCGGCGCAAGCUGCAGCUCGCGACUCAUUCAACACAGUUUUGAUCACGUGUGUGGAAUCUCAUAUUACGAACGGCAAAUAAAGGCGUGUGGCGUUUCA